UGCAGCCGUCGCAGCGUGGCUGAGGAGGGGCUCUUCUCCGUGGGCGUCGCGCCAUUGAAGGGUGCCGGACCCGAUCCUCGCUGCCCUCGGGGGCUUCUGCUCCGCCCCCAGGCCCCGCUCGGAUUUGCCUCGCUCGCAGCUCCCGGGGGGCGGCUCCCUCCCUGCUCGGACGCCCGGCACGCGCGCCAGCCCUGCCUCGCCCGCAUCAUGGGCAGCCACAGCUCCAAGGCGGCCAAGGGGGACGUGAUGGGCCAGCAGCAUCCCGCCGAGGCGGCCGCCGGCGCCGCCUCACCAUCCAAAGCCAACGGCCAGGAGAACGGCCAUGUGAAAGUAAAUGGAGACGUUUCACCCAAAGCUGAUGGAGAGGCUGCCCCCCUCAAUGGCAACGGGUCUGCUGAGCCAGUUAAGGAGGAGCCGAAGGCAGAGAUAGGCAGCGGGGAUGCCAUUGAACCGGCACCAGUGGCCGAAGGGGCUGAUGCCAAGCCGGAGACAGCAGCUACCACCUCAGGGGCUACCAAAGAGACCCCCAAGAAGAAAAAGAAGUUUUCUUUUAAAAAGUCCUUUAAGCUGAGUGGCAUCUCUUUCCGGAAGACCAAGAAGGAGACCAGUGACACUUCAGCCGUGUCCUCUCCUGGUGAGGAGCAAGGGAAGGCGGAAGCCAAGGGGGAGGAGAACGCAGCCUGUGCUGUUGCAGAGAUGGGGGCAGCCGGCACAACCAAAGAAGAAGCCCCUGAGGAGAAGGCUGCAGCCCCGGUCGAAGUUGCCCCUGCUGUUGUGGAGGCUCAACAGGAAGCCGAGGCCCCGAGGGAGGAGGGCAGUACUGGGCAAGGGCCCGAGGAAGAAAAACAGCAACCUGCAGAGGAUCAGCAGGACAGGAAACCGGAGGAGACCUUGAAACCAGGGGAGGCUGAGCCCAGUCCUGCACCUGGGCUUCCUGAGGCCAAGGAAGAGUAGAGCAACCUUGUGCACCUAACUUAAAAAAAAAGACUUUUUCGUGCCAUCCUUCUCAUUCCAGUAACCCCAUGGAAUUGCUGCCUUGUUCACAAAACACCACACACCACACAUCUCUUUCCCUACAUUCAUUCAGCAUAGAACUGACAAGCUUUUUCACCCUUCCUAUUUUUUCUUUCCCCCCCUCCCCCAUUCCUCAUCAGACACUGUAAAGCAAAAAAAAAAAAGUCACUGGGAUACUUUUGGUACUCUGCACAGCCGCUGUUGCCACUCGGAGUGAGCUUCCUUAAAUCUUAAGACUGUUCGGAGGAAGACUUCCUGGACAUAACUGGAACUUACUCAGUUUAAUGAGAAUCCAGAUAUUAACACCGAGUUCUGGUCUCUUGGAUCUUCUGUUUCUACUAAUCCUCAGAGCAGCUUUUUUUUUCUCCUCAAAAAAGUCCAAUAAGCCAGCAUCUGCCGUUCUUCAAAAAGCAAACGGAUAUUUCUCUUAAUCUCUCUCGGUUUACAUUCCUGGUUCUCAAUUCCUUUAAAAGUAUUUUGUGCUUUUUAUAGAAACCAACAGUUUAAAAGCUAAUCUGGUUAGUUUUUUAUAAUGUCUUGCUAUUGGCUUAAUACCAUAAAAACGUGUAAGUCCA